AUGCGAGCUGCUGGCGCGGGAUCGGGCCAGCGCUUUGAGAUCAGCUGGACUUUUGUUUCAAGGCAUUUAGUUGUAGCAAUAGCUGGUGUCAUAUCGGGAGCCCUCCUGUACAUUAGAGACGACUUUGCUGCGGUGGAAAAGAGCACUGUAUUAAGGGAGACAAUAGUCAGUAUGGUUGUUGCUGGAGCUAUAUUUGGAGCUGCAUUUGGUGGCUGGAUGAAUGACAAGUUUGGAAGGAGGCCUUCCAUCAUACUUGUCGAUGCACUGUUCUUUGGAGGUGCCGUUAUCAUGGCGUUUUCCUCGACACCUAGAGUUAUCAUUGUUGGGAGGGUAUUUGUUUGUCUUGGUGUUGGAAUGGCUUCCAUGACAGCUCCUCUGUACAUCUCUGAAGCCUCCCCUGCUAGGAUCAGACGUGCUCUAGUGAGCACAAAUGGGCUUCUCAUCACUGGUGGCCAGUUCUUGGCCUACCUCAUCAAUCUAGCCUUCACUAAGGUGCCAGGGACCUGGUGGUGGAUGCUUGGCAUUGCAGGGGUUCCUGCCCUGGUCCAGUUCGUACUGAUGCUAACGCUGCCAGAAUCACCUAGAUGGCUCUAUAGGAAGAUAGCUACAUAA